UUUAAUUAAUCUUGAGGAUGAUGAUGAUAAUGAUGAUGAUGAUAAUAAUAAUAAAACAAAUGAUUCAAUAAAUUUUAUUGGAAAAACAUGGAACGAUUUGAACUUUGAUAAAUUACUUAAUGAUAAUGAUGAUGAUGCUCAAAUUGAUGAUAAUUUUCUUAGUAACAAACGUAUUGCAAGUGAUUGUACAAAAUUACCAAUUGAAGAUGUCGAUUUAUUUGGUCGUGGACCAGAUUCUGAACCAUUAUUUACAGUAAAAUGUAAAGCAUGUAAUCGUUUGAUAAAAGCCAGUGCUUUUCGUCGUCAUAUUGAAAUAAGACAUCCACAUAUGAUUCCCAAUGUACCACCGUCGUCAGCGGAUGAUAACAAUGAUUCAAAUUUAAUCAAUGGUUUUAGUCAAUUUUCUUCGAAAAAUUUAACGUCAACUAACUCUGAUUUAAUGUUCAAUAAUAAUGAAAAUUGGAUAAAAAAUGGUGAUAUUAUGUCACAAACGAAUGCAAAUAUAACGACGACUGCCAAUACCAAUACUUUAACUACCGGUUCUAUGCAUGCAAAGAUAAAUCAAUCAUUUAUUCAAAUAAACGGUCUACAUAAUGGUAAAUUAAAUUCAAAUCUUACAAAAUCGAUAAAUAAACAACAACAGAGUGGAAAUAAAAAUAUACGACGUGUACAACAAAUUUCUAAUAAACAAUCUGUAGAUGAUGAUGAUGAUGAUGAUGAUGUUAUUGAAAUUACCAAUGAUAUAAACGUUCCACAAUCAACAUUCACAUCGUCAUCAUCAUCAUCAUCAUCGUCAUCAUUAUCAUCAAAAUCAUUUGGUGGUGAAAUAGAAUUUCUUGGGCCAGUUAAUUCAUCUAAUAAUAAAACAACGACAUCGACACUUCGUCGAAAAAAUCAUUCAAAUAAUAAUUCAAAACAACAAUCAUCAAUGUUUUGGUCGCCGACAGCAUCAAAUGUAAUCAAUUCUGGUAAUGGUAAUGCUGUUGCUGUAUCUGGUAAUGGUGGAAGUAAUUUUACAGUUAUCAAAGGUGUUUAUUGUGGUGGUAAUCUAGCAAGUGGAAAUCAAGUUUUACCUGUAUCCGCUUUACAUAAAUCAAAUGGUAAUCAAACAAAUAUUGUUAAUGCAGAAAUGGAACAAUCACAACAACAAUUAUCCGGUACGACAGGUCAAAAUGUAUUGAAAUUUCAUGAAAUUCUUGUACGAUCAUCAUCAUCGCCAUCGUCAUCUAAUCAAUCAACCACAACAACAACAAUAUCUAAAUCUAAAGAUGUAAAUUCUAUAUUACGAACAUCAACAUCAAAACGUACAGCAUCGGAAUUAUUAUCAUCUUGUGGAAAUAUUCCCGGAAAUAUUGUUGCAAAAAAAUCUAAACCAAAUAAUAAAGCAACAAGUACAACGAAAACGGUAGCAAUCACUGCGGCAACUACUACUAGUGCUGGUGGUCAACAGCAACAAGUAAUCAUGGUACCAACAUCAAUGUUAUCAUCAAUCACAAGACAAAUGGUUACUAAUAAUGAAACAUUAACAUCAUCACAAAUGAAUGGAUUACACCAACAAUCACAGAUUCUCAAUAAUGAAUUCAAUAUGAAUACGAAUGGUAACAUUAUUAACAACAAUACAACCACCAUAUCAAUCACAACAAAUUGUUCAACAACAACAACAUCAGUAUCCAAAAUGAGAUCGCAACCACCAUCACCAAUGUUGAUGCCACCACCACCUAGUCCAGUAGUACCAAAGAAACGUUCAAUUGUUUUAUGUAAAAAUCGUGAAUAUGAUCCGGAUCAACAUUGUGGUGUACAAUUAGCCAAUAUGGAAAGACCAUGUACACGAUCAUUAACAUGUCGAUCUCAUAUGAUCUCAUUACGACGUAAUGUAUCUGGUCGAUCAAAACCGUUUGAUGAAUUAUUAAGUGAAUAUAAACGUGAACGUGGUAUGAAAGAACGUCGUGAACGUAAACCAAGAAAUAAAUCCAAAACAACAAUAACAACAUCAUUAUCAAAUGAUGAAAUUACUUUACAUCAACAACAACAACAAUUAUCAACAAAUGGAACAAUACCAUUAAGCAAUGCAAUAAAACGUUCAUUACAAGCAAAAAUUUCAAACAAUUCAAAAUUAUCUAAAACAAAUGUGAUUCAUAAAGAUAUUAAACGUAUUAGUAAUAAUGAUCAAAGAAGUUUAUUAUUACAACAACGAUCAACAAAAUAUAAAGUGAUAAAGAAUAUAAAUUUACGAUUAUUUUCACCAAUAUCAAUUAAUAAUAAUAAUAAUAUUCUUGAUCGAUUUCAAUUUAUACGCACAUUAUUUAAAUCGAUUGAAUAUCCAUGUUUAAAAGAAAAUAUUAUUAUUGAUCCAUGUUUAGAUGCAGCAAGUAAACUACAACGUUUAUUACAUUAUAAAGAAUUAUUGGCAAGAAAAAUACAGAAAAAAGCCAUUGCAAAAGAAUCACGUAAAAAUAAGAUCUUAUUAAGUGAAUCGAUUGAGAAAGGAUCAAUUCAUCAUUACCGUCGACUACGACGACGACGACUGCAACACCAACACCAACAACAGCAUCAGACGGAAACAAUGGCCGGAUUCGUAUUUAUUGAUCAUUAUCCACGUCCAGCUGCUGUACAAUCAUCAUAUAAAAAUCAAGAUUUUCCAAUCUAUUUUACAACUGAUUCAAGUAAAAAACUUAAAUUGAAUUCAACGAUUGAUCCAUAUAAUCAUCCAUUAGUAGCUGGUAUUGCAAUGAAUCCAUAUGAUAAUUCGAGAACAAAAUUUUCCAAUUUCAUGAAAAUAAUGUCAAAAGAUUUGUCACAACAUUCAAAACAUUCAUCGCCAGCAAAAACAUCAGACAAAUCAAUAGUCAACUCCGGAUCUGGCAUUAAUUCAUCAUCAAUAGUAUUGGCAAAUCGACAAUUAAAUGCUGUGCCAUCAAAAAUAUCUGGAAAAUUUUACAAAGAAAGUGGCGUUACAUUAUUGAAACAAACAGCGGCUACAACCACAUCAUCACCAUCAAUCACUAAUUCUAAUUCUCAACAAUCGAUUGCGACUGCAAAAUUAGUUAAUAAUAAUGUUGAUAAUAUUCAACAAUCAACAAAUAUCAAGAUUAAACGUGAAGGUAUAACCAUAUUAAAACCAACGAAAACAUCUAAAUCGGCCAAUAUUGUUAAAAAUAUUAAAGAUUCUGGUAUUACAAUGUUGAAACGAUCAUUAUCAACAACAACAACAACAGCAGCAACUAAACCGAUAAAUCGAUCAAUAUCAUCUCAACAACAGCAUCCUGUCGCUGCAUCGUUCGGUAUGAUACAGCAACAAUCAAAAUCAAUCACCGAUAAUACAGCGAAUAAAUCAUUAUUGAAAUCGACGAAAACAUUGUUGACGAUGAGUAACAAUACUGUUUCACCAACAACGAUAUCGCCACAGACAAAAAUCUUGAAUUCAAAGGAUCAAUCAACAUCUUCGUUGAUGAUGACAACAACAGCCACAACAUCAUUGUUGAAAAUGAAUGAUUCCAAAUGUAAAAAAUCAAAACGAACAAGCAAUCAAAUGAUGAAUGAAUAA